UUGUGUCCCGGAGGCUCCCGAGAGGCAGGUUAGUACCCAAAGUGCAGGAGACGACUCCUUAACAUUCCGACUGGGGUGGGCUUCCGGGAAAAGAAUGCUCGGCCCAGACCCAGCCUGGUUUCCGCGCUUGGCACCCGGCAGGCCGCGCCAGGCAGAAUGAGCCUCUGCCCCAGCAAUUCCUGGAGCUUCGGCUCACCCCGGCCUCCCCUGGAUGGCAACGAAGGCUCCGACCCCGCACCCCCUAGGACACUGGAGCUUAACGGGGUCUCCCUGAGUAAAAGAACUUUCCAGCGCACCGGCACCUCGACCAGCCCCCGCUGCUUCUGCUCCCAGGAAGAUGUCCGAGCGCCCAGACUGCAAUCCCAGCGCGAACCUUUUCCGUCCGGGGACAGAGCGUUGGCCCACCCCACGUGGAGUUCGUACAGCCUCCGGGCCUUUCCGCACAGGGAACAGUUUCCGGGGCGGAUGCAUUUUACAGCUGACCCGGCGCGGCUGAUGACGUGAAGUCCCAGACGGAAGUGCGGGCGGAGGAUCCCGAGCCGGAUUCCGAGCCGGGAGUAGGUCUCCGGCCUCCGGGCUGCCGGCUGGCUGGAAGGCGGUGAUGGCGUCUCUGUGGGGAGGUCUCCUUCGACUUGGUUCCAUGCUCAGCCUGUCCUGCCUGGCGCUCUCCGUACUGCUGCUGGUACAGCUGACAGACGCCGCCAAGAAUUUCGAGGAUGUUCGAUGUAAAUGUAUCUGUCCUCCCUAUAAAGAGAAUUCUGGACAUAUUUAUAAUAAGAACAUAUCCCAGAAAGAUUGUGAUUGCCUUCAUGUUGUAGAGCCCAUGCCUGUGCGGGGGCCUGAUGUAGAAGCAUACUGUCUACGCUGUGAAUGCAAAUAUGAGGAAAGAAGCUCUGUUACGAUCAAGGUUACCAUUAUAAUUUAUCUCUCUAUUUUGGGGCUUCUACUUCUAUACAUGGUGUAUCUUACCCUGAUUGAGCCUAUACUGAAGAGACGCCUCUUUGGACACUCACAGUUGAUACAAAGCGAUGAUGAUGUUGGGGAUCACCAGCCUUUUGCAAAUGCCCAUGAUGUGCUGGCCCGCUCCCGCAGUCGAGCCAAUGUUCUAAACAAGGUGGAAUAUGCCCAGCAGCGUUGGAAACUUCAAGUACAAGAGCAGCGAAAAUCUGUCUUUGACCGACAUGUUGUCCUCAGCUAAUUGGAAAUCGAAUGCAAGGUAACUAGAAAGACACAAGGCAGACAACUGAAAAGAAUUGACUGAGUUUUCCUGGGUUUUGUUUUAAUACCCUGUUGUUUUCACCGAUUCUUGCUGGAAGACUCAAAAUUGGAAGCAAAAACAUGCUUAGUAUUUUUUUUCUGGUUAACAUAUUAAUGGAGACAUUUUUAAAAGCACACAGUUUGGAGUCAGUCAAUAAGCCUUUUCCUACUUUGACUUUUACUAAUAAAAUUAUAUCUGCCUAUAAAUUAUCUUGAAGUCCUUUACCUAAAAUAAGCACUCUCUUUUUCACCAUAUAGUUUUAACUUGAUUUUCAAGAUAAUUUUCUGGUGUUCUUUGUUUUUAUUGUUUUUGUUUUUUUGGCGGGAGAGGGGAGGGAUAUGUGGGAAGUGCUUGACCCAACUUUUCUCAAGUUACUUUACAAACAAACUUUUGUAAAUAAACCUUACCUUUUAUUUUCAAAUUUCAUGAAUAUUUUCCAGUGUAGUUGGCCUCAUCAAAGUGCUGACUUACCCGUUUGACUUUUGCACUGACUGUAUUAAUCUUGGUAUUUGGUUGGCCUGUGGCUUCAUUUUAUGGUAAAUUGGAUCUGAAUGCCUGGCAGCUCUUCACAAAAAUGCAGAUUUUCUUCCUGUACUGUGAUGUCUGAUGCAAUGCAUCCUAGAACAAACUGGCCAUUUGCUAGUUUAUUCUAAUGACUAAACAUAGUCUUGGUGUGUGUGGUCUUCCUCAUAUUCUCCUAGUAUUUUUAAGGACAAAUGCUAAGGACUUGGACACUUGCAAUAAAGAAAUUAUCUUUUAAACCCAAGCUUCCCUGGAGUGAUGACAUACUGGUCAGUAUUUCUGGUCAGUUGAGAGGCAAUGGUUUAAGUUCUAAUGUGUGCAGCUUUGAACUAGGACUGGAAUUCUAGGUGCCUCUCUGAAAAGUAUAACAGUUAUUGGAUAACUGGCUUUUUUCUUCCUAUGUCCUCUUUGGAAUGUAACAAUAAAAAUAAUUUUUGAAACACCUA